AUGAACACCAUAUCUCACGAUUUAAUUGGACAGUCGGUGGAAGUUUACAUUGACGACAUAGUGGUGAAAUCCAAGAGUUUUUCGGAACAUCUGGUGGAUCUCGAGCAAGCUCUUCGGAAAAUGAGGCACUAUAAUUUAAGGAUGAAUCCAGCGAAGUGCGCAUUUGGAGUGGCCUCCGGAAACUUUCUGGGUUUCAUGGUGCAUAAUAAGGUCAAUUUUCUGCGGAGUUUCGUCUCGAAUGCUGCAGAGGAGUUUGUGUGGAAGCCACCACACCAACAGGCUUUCGAAGCUAUUAAGGAAGCCAUGGCCAAUCCACCGGUGUUGAUGCCGCCGCAAGCAGCCUCGAGGGAAACAGAAGUGGUAUGUCUUGUCGAUAUUUUGAGAUAUCUUUUAGGCAGGCCAGCUUUAAGGGGAAGACAAGCAAAAUGGGCUGUAAAGCUAGCCGCGUUCGAUCUACGAUAUGUACCAAUCAAAGCUGCUAAAGGACAGGUUGUUGCUAACUAUCUAGUAGAUCAUCCGAGUCCGGUGGCUGACCAAGCAGCUAAUCGCAUGGAAGCUGUUAUCAUUCUGAUGCCUUGGACCUUGAUGAAGUUCGACGGGUCUAGCACGCAGAAUAAUGCUGAGGCUGAGGUAUUCAUUGAGAGUCCCUGGGGACAAAAGUGGAUUGUUAUCAGGGCAUUGGCACCUGGAUUUACUAAUAAUCAAGCAGAAUACAAAGCCUUAUUAGUUGGAUUGAGAAUUCUAUAUGAAAAUGGAGCCAAGGCGAUCAGAGUUCAAGGCGACUCACAACUAAUUUUGAAGCAGAUUGCUGGAGAGUUCCAAUGCAAAGAUGAGAGAAUGAGAAAUCUUCGAAUGGAAGCAGUUAGGAUGCUGCAAAUAUUUGAUGAUGUGGUGGUAGAAUUCAUACAUCGAGCUGAAAACAGAAUAGCUAAUGAUUUGGCUCAAGAAGCAUCUGGGUACAAGUCAUCAGCCGCAGGAAACUUCAAAUCAGGUCGAGUACAUCUGUACCCAAUGGAUGCGGAAGAUUGGCGUAUGGAACUGAGGAAAUAUUUGGAACAACCAACCGGUGAAACUCCGGAAAAGCUGCGGAAAGAGGCUCUGAAGUAUACUCUGAUUGACGGAGAUCUUUUCCGCAGAGCCGCCUAUGGAAUGUUAAUGAGAUGCGUAGAUAAUCAAGAAGCCAUGAAGGUGAUGGGUGAGGUGCAUGAAGAAAUUUGUGGAGCACACAAAUCCGGGCCAGUCAUGAGAUGGACAAUCCGACGAUAUGGGUAUUUCUGGCCAUCAAUGACGGAGGAUUAUAUCAAGUACGCUCAAGGAUGUGAAGCGUGUCAGCGACAUGGCCCUUUGAUCCGAAUUCCGGAGGAAGAAAUGCACGCAGUGGUGAAACCAUUGCCAUUCCGGGGAUGGGCGAUGGAUAUCAUCGGGAAGAUCCACCCGCCAUCUUCCAGACACCAGUCGUUCAUAUUGAUGGCCAUGGAUUAUUUCACAAAGUGGAUAGAAGCUGUGCCGUUGGCUAAUGUGACGUAUCACGACGUGAUCAAGUUCAUUAAAUAG